CUCAGUAUCAACCGACCCAUACAACAACCGUAGGACGUCAUCUCUACCUGUAUACCAUGCUUCCGUCGGCCGCCGAGUUGGUGGCACGAUUUCUCAGAGCUAAUGGAUACACCCAGACAUUGGACAGCUUUGUGCAGGAAGCCGAAUUGCCUCCUGAUAUUGGGGCGUCUUCAGAUGAUCUCGUCACAAUCGAGUCUGUCUUACAAGAGAAGAAGAAGUUUGAUCUCAGCCUCAGUUUUGAAAAGCUUGGCGUUGAUGACACCGAGCGAGGAUGGGCCAUCCAGGCUCCCACCAACCCCAAGAUUGUGGGAUCUCUCCCGAAUCGGUCCAACAUACUUAGCAUAGUAGUCUUGAAUCUCGUGUUGCCAUCCAUGGCAGACACUAGGCAGUAUAUUGCAGUCACGACGGCUGACCGCCAACUACACUUGCUGGAUCCACGCACAUCAGAAUUUGCGCUUGCUCAGACGUUUUCCGGUUUCCAAGACUCACCGACUUUGGAUAUUGUUGCCAUAGACUCCCGAAGUAUUCUCAUCGCCUCCAUGUCAGGCAGGCUGACCCUAUUCGAUACGGCAAACAACCGGGUAAUGGAGGAACGUAAAGACCACACCAAAUAUCUCGUCAAGCUAUCCACAUUCUCAACAAAUGGAUCUUCAACCUUGAUUGCCAGUGCAGGCUGGGAUGCCAAGGUAUUCCUAUAUCGUCUUGAUGUCAGCGCCGAGAAGCCACAGCUCGGGGACCCAAUAGCAACGUUGACUUUACCGAGUAUACCAGAGUCGAUGGUGUUUGUCACAUUGCCUGGAGACGGCACGCCAGCUCUGGUGGUUGCUCGAAGAGACUCUACAUUUCUCCACUACUAUGCUGUUCCGGGUCCAGAUUCUCCAGACUUCACCUUUAUAGGAAAACAGAAUCUUGCUCCUCACUCAAACGCUUGGAUCGCAUUCACCCCUUCUGAUAUACAGAUCUGCCCAUCCAAGCCACAUCUGGUCGCCAUCGCAACAUCCAGCACGCCUCACAUGAAGUUACUGAUAGUGAAGCUUCUCCUGCCUCCGACUCGCUCUUCUGGGCUUGCUGCAGUAAUCAGCCCAUCUCCAGACGAGCCCGUCACACAAGCUGCGCAAGCGCGUGCAGAGCUGGCUGUUGCAGACAGGGAGGAAGCCGCCAUCUUAGUCAACGUAUCCACUCUAGCGCCACAAACGUCCUACUCGACGCCGCGCUUGGUAUGGCGCCCUGAUGGUUCAGGUUUAUAUGUAAGCUCCGAUGACGGGGUUGUACGCGGCAUCGAGGCAAAGAGCGGGAAGCUAGUUUCGUCCCUCGAGGCACACGACCCUGGCUCCAAACUUCGAUGCCUCUGGGCCGGCCACAUGACGGCUAAUCGGUACCCGAGCAAUGAUGAAAAGACAGAGUACUUGAUAAGUGGGGGGUUCGACCAGAAGCUCAUCAUAUGGAGAUCUCCGUAA